CACCAACUCCGGAUUAAUGGACGACGUGAAUCCGCUUCUAAAAUUCUUGCAAUGCAUCCUUUGUUGCCAUGUAGAACGUCAUGAUGAUAAUGAUGAUUUAACUUGCUGCAUAAAGCCUUUUCGAGAAUAUUUUCGUGCAAACUCUCGGAACAGAAAUCCGGAAUACGAAUAUCUUCCUGUGGAUACAACCCCACCAAGUUCUCCAAGACCACGGGUGACUCUGAGUGCUCCAUUUUGUCAACCAAUUGUUGGCGAUUCACCUACAUUUUCUUAUAGACCAUCUCAAUCUUCCUAUAAACCACCCCAAUCUUCUUAUAGUCCAUCUCCUUCGUCCUCUAAAUCCGCAACAUCUUCAUCUGAACCGUCUCCAGCUUUCCCCAAUGCUUUGUUAUCUUCCUCCAAACCAUCUCAGUCUAUAUCAAAACCUAAUCUGCCUCCCUCUUCUUUUAGUCCAUCUGCAUCUUCUCCAACUUACUCUAAACCACCUCAAUCUUCACCUUCACUGGCCCCAUCUUCAGCUAAUCCACUCCCGUCAGCCCCGAAACCCGCAUCUUCUCAUAAACCAUCUCUAUCUUCCCCUAAAGAACUUCCAUAUUCCUCUGGACCGUCGCCAUUUCCCCACAAUGGACCUCCUUCUUCCUCUCGGCCACCACCAUCAUCCCCUUCGCAAUCUCCAGCCUUUAAACCGAUUCUUUAUAUGGCUCCCUCUGAUGAAAUAAAUGGAGAAACGAAGACGAGUUAUGUAUGGGAAAAGGGUUCACCUAUAUAUGCAAUUCCUGAGGAUAUCAAAGGUCUAAUCAAGAAAGACAUUGUGCCAGCAGUUCUAAAGCAGCCUUUGUCUCCUUCAACUUAUAAGCAUUACUUUGCUGCUCUGUUAUAUGCUGAGGAUUUCUACUUUGAGAAAUGGAGUGAUUUCCAAUUGCAGAACGUGAUUUUGGAGUUGCAAGAAGCUCAAAUUUAUAAAAGGUCAAACGAGUACAAAAAUUAUAAUAGAAAUGUUGAGAAGGAUGAUAAAAUCUUUGUGGUAUUUGAGAUUGAUUCUGUUCCUGAGAAGCGGCCAUUCCUUUUAUCAAGAGACUUGGUCUAUGCACGACCUUCGGGUAAAACAGUCGAGCCGUUUAAGGGUUUGAUCUAUCGCGUGGUGAAGAGCACGUGUGUAUUAGUCGAAUUUGGAGAUGAUUUCCAUUCACAGCAUUGUUCAACUCGCAAAUAUGACAUCAGCUUCUCAUUCAACAGAGUAUGUCUAAAAAGGGCUCAUCAGGCAGUAGAAGCUGCAUCACAUCCUUUGCUCCUGAACUUCCUCUUUCCUGAAUGUAUCUCCCGAAAGAACAUCCUAAACCCACCAGUUCGGGCCUAUCAGGAACUUGGUGCAGAUCAGUUCUCCGCUGUUCAUCGCAUUUUAAGCUUUCGCAGCUCACCACCUUAUCUUCUUUGCGGCUCACUCAGUGUAAAUAGGGCAAAUAAGUCUCUAUCAAGAACUGGAGUUGUUGUUCGAGAAGCAGUAUUUGAAGCAUAUAAAACCUUCCCAGAUAAUCGAAUUCUUGUAUGUGCUCCUAUAAACAGCACAUGUGAUGAGCUGAACAGAAGUCUAAAGGUAGAGAUCCCAGAGUCGGAUAUAUUUCGAGCCAACGCUGCAUUUCGAGAGAUAGAUGAGGUUCCUAUUGACAUUCUUAGCUCAUGCAUUAUAGAGCGGGAAUUAUUUGCUUGUCCUUCACUCCAGCAUCUUAGGAAAUACAGGAUAAUUCUAUCAACUUUUGUGAGUAGCUUUCGAUUGCACAAUGAAGGCAUAGCUGCUGGACAUUUUAGCCAUAUUUUUCUAGUGGAUGCCUCAUCAACCACGGAGCCAGAGGCAAUGGUAGCUUUGGCUAAUUUUGCUAACGAUAAUACAUCAGUUAUAGUUACUGGUGCACCCGGAGACUCUUCAGGUUGGGUCCGCUCUGACGUGGGUAGGAAAUAUGGAUUGAGGAAAUCAUAUUUUGAAAGACUUCUUGAACUCGGGCCAUAUAGGAUCCCCAACAAUCCAAUGUUCAUCACAAAGCUGGAUGACUUUGACCGAUAGUACCUCUCUGUCACUCUCUUCAAUCUCAACUGUUUUUGUGUGAACAGCAAUAUGCACUUGUGUACAUGCUCUCAUCUUACUUGGCUUCUACUUUAUUGUGUCUUGUUUCUGCUUCGCCUUCGAAUUGAAGCUGUAUGUAUAACUGUUAAGACCUCGUAUGCAACUUGGUUUUU